AUGCGGUCAUCCACUGCCCGGCUGGCCAUUGCACGCAGUGCAGAUCUCGGGGUCUCAGCCGAGCCCCCGCAGCUCCAAGGCCUGCGUGCUGCUCCCAGCUUUAGCCGAGACUUCCAGCAAGCGCUGGUCAGCUGGAGCCGCGCGCGCCGAACCCUGGGGCUCAAUAGAGCCCCGGCUACACUGCAGGUCCAGCCGACUGUCCUCCAGGCCUGUGCGGCGCUGCUGCCGCCCUUUCAGUUCAUCCUCCCGCUGCAUUUCUAACCCAUAUGGUACUUCACAGAGGUUGCAGCCUUCUCCUGUGCCCGAAUAAACGGAGUUGCGCGGCAAGUGCUGCACUUCAGGAUAAGUUCAGGAGGAAGAUAUCAGAGAGGAAGAGGAAGAAAUGGCAGAUAUAACUGAAUAUUACCUAGAAUCAUUGUUAAGUGAUGCCUUCAAAGGGAAAGGAUUUCAGAAAAUAAGUGAAAUGAUACAAGAAAAAGACAAAUAUGUUCCUCAGAAGUGUAAAAAACAAUUAUUAAAUCAACUUGACAAAGCUCUAAAAAAGGAAUUGGACAAAAAUGAAUUUUCGAAUGUUUCCCUACUGUUGAAAUGCAUUCAGCUGUACUGUAGAAGUGAUCUUCAGGAAAGUAUAAAUCUGCUUCUUCAGCAAGGAUUGAUACCAAAGAUGGUUACUUGGUUUGAAAGGACAAGAGAAUUUCUGAGCCUGAUAGAAGUCAAAGAAAGCAACUACUUGGUAAAUCUUGUUGAGGACCUAUGUGAUACAACCUUGAUUAUUGGCAAAAGCAGCACUGAAGGAAGAAAGCAGUUGCUUGACUCCUUCAUACAACACCUGGGACAUUUAGCCACAGAAUCUAAUGUGAAUUGUGCCCUUCGACAGGAGGCUCUGAGAACAUUAAAUACACUGUUGGCUAAUGUCACCCGUGAGGAGAAGAAGGCAUUUGCUGCCUCUGAAGAGAUGUGCUUGCUUAUGAAGGAACUUGUGAAAACUAUUCAGGAAGUUGGUGACUAUGAUAUUCAGGUUGCUCUUGUUGAAGCCCUGUUUAGGCUGAUGUUGAAAAAGCAGCGAGAUGAUCUGGUGCACAGUUGGUUUGAAGAUCAAUAUGUCACUAAGGCUUUUAAAGAAAUCAAGGAUAGAGACUUUGAGACUGAUAGCAGAAAGUUUCUUAAUGAACUAAAUGAAAGACUUGGUGAUAAAAGAAGGAUCUAUUCAAUUCCAUGUAAAGCUGCUUAUGCUGACCUGAUUGAGUUAAAGAAACCUGCAGAUAACAAACUAGAAGAGUUUUGGAUUGACUUCAAUUAUGGAAGUGAGAGCAUUACAUUCUAUUUAGAGAGCCUAGAGAGCACAUUUUGGGAGUCAGUAAGAUUGCCAAAGCGAGACCUCAGCAGUUAUUACCUACAGGAGGAACAAGAAGAAAAGAUUCUUAAAAUCAUCACAAGAAGGUCAGUUGUGAUCAACAAAGCAGAAAUCACCAAGAUCAGAAUUCACUUUGAUAGCUGUUUUGAUAUUUUAGCACCGCUUCUUAAAGCUAUUGGAAAAGAAAAAAUGAUAAUAUUGAAUGAAGAUGAGAAUGCCAACCUUGGGGAUUACCAAGAGCAAACUGCAACAGUAAGCAUUCAGCUGGAGAGGAAAGAAGAUCUUACAGAAACAAAUUCCUUAUCAGACAUUCUGACAUCACGCCAAAGCAAUGAAUCUGUUACUCCUGAAACAAACAAAAUAAUUAUUCCGGCAGCAACUAUUACAGAUGGGGAGAAAGAGACCCAACAUCUUGAAAACAAAGAUGGCAGUCAAGCUUCCAGUGAUAGGCCUUCAGUUUCUCCAUCACGUUCAGCAAAUACAUUGGCUGCUCCUCCAUCCUCACAGAAGUUGAAAAUUUCUCGGCUACAACCAAAGGAUAAGGCUGAUGAACCAGAUGUGGAAGGAGAAGCUGAUAUCCAUGUUGGGGAAAUCCACCCUUUAGAGGAUGACACCCUACAGAAGAAAAAACGAGCAAGAGGUUCAAGUAAGCAAAUGGUGGAAUCAAUGAUGGAUGAAUAUGAUUUUCAUUUUUCGUCUGAUCCAAGCACACAUGAGAUGGUGUCUGAAAUGAAGCAAAAAAUAUUUGUCCAGAAAACUUUGCACAAGAGUCUUGAAAAGAGAAACGUGAAGCCGAACAAGUUUGAGAGAAGUCUGCCUUCUAACUACAAGACUCAUCUCUUUUCUGAAAGCAACCCAGAGACUCUGAGCAAUGGUAUGAGUGAAAAAAGCUGGAUUUGUAACUCUCAGAACAAGACGUUGCCCAAAGUGGCAAACUACACUCGGAAAAAAACAAGAGUCAGAAGCAAGUUAAAAGUAUUGCCGUUGUCUUCUCCAAGUAGUGGCACUGAUUAUGUUGCAAAGAAAAUGAAAAAUUCAGCUGUUCCUAGGGACAUGAUACAGAGAAGAACAAAGCCAGUAUCAGAGAUGCAUCACUAUACAAGCUAUAGUCCAAUUCAUGUUUGUUCAACUCCUUAUUCACCUAUUAGACAAAAUGGCUUAGAAAUUAUGGAUGCCACUUUCCCAUUAAGCAGCAGUUCUUCACCCAAUGCGUCAGAUGCUAAAACAAGCAAGAAACAUGAAGCUGCCGCUAGUACUUUACUCCUGGAAGAUAAGAUCUCCAACUCUAAGAGGAAAUUUUCAGAAUGGUCAGCUGAUUUCAAUAGAAAACACUCAAAGCACACUGAAAAGCAGCCUAGUAAUGAAUCCAGCAUAAUCUUUGAACCAAGAAAACUCUUUUCCUCCAUAGAAAUGGCAGAUGAAACACCAAAAGGCCAACCUUUAAAUGAAUUUGAGAACGAAGUAUUUGCCUCUAAAAUACUUAGAGAAGAAAUCGAUGACUCGGGGGUUAUUGCUGCUUUCGAGAAUUUUACAAGCGAAUUGAAGAAAACAUUUUGGUUUAGAUACAAGAGGAUGGAGAUUUAUACACGCAGCCUCUUGAAGGCACCUGAACAGAAUAUAUCAGCCUUGUUGCAUCGGAUCCAUCAGAAGCGACUGCAUGAACUGGAAAUCUUCCACAAGAGUGUUGUUAACGAACUUGCCAACCUUGAGAAGAGAACAGAGUUUCUCUCAAGCCUUGAAAAGGAUACCAUGGAUACAGUCCAUGGAUAUACUGCUGGAAGACACAGGGGGCCUGGAUGGAACAAUUCACAAUGAAAAUGAUGGAAAAGCCACUGACCAGACAGAAGAGGGGAACAAAAGUGGGGCUGUUGUCUAAUUUAAGUUUAUCUUAAAUGUAAGCUUAAGCAACACUCAUCAAAUAUAUCAAGUCACUUGAAAAUACACAUGAAUAUAUUCAGUAGUAAUUGUCUCAUUAUUCAGCGCAAUCAAACAUUUUCAGUUGUUUCUUGGCCAUGAGGUAAUGCUGACUAGUUUUUUUGUGGAACAAAACCCUUCAAAUUCU